AUGGAUCAAGAUACUCUCAUCACAAAUUUCUGUGAUGUUACCGGUGCGGAUCCUGAGCAGGCUAGCCAUUUCCUCGAAGCUACAAACUGGAACCUCGAACUAGCGACCGCCCAAUUCUUCGAGAGUAAUGAGGAGGAAGAUCUUAUGGAAACUGGUGUCUCCGCUCAGGCAGAAAGCGACGACGACGAUGACGUCUAUGCGCCAAGUGCUAGAGCCUCAACCUCUAAAUCAAAGGCUGCCUCGAGAUUUGCAACCUUAGGCGACCUGCGAAGUAAGAGCAACGAUGAUGAGGAUGACUCAGAGGAUGAGAAGCAGGACCUUUUCACCGGUGGUGAGAAAUCGGGCUUGGCUGUUCAGAACCCCGGCGACCCACGCAAAGGAGGAAUCAUUCAAGACAUUUUGAAACGUGCAGCAGAAGGUGGAAGUAGUCAGCGAGCAAACGACGAGGUUGAGCCUGGCCCAUCACGUCCCCGCUUCUCCGGAACUGGGCGUACACUAGGCAGUGAUGAAAGUCCUUCUAUUGAGAUCCCCGAUCCAGCAGCUCCACGUGCUCCCCCUACCGUGCCUACCGUUACUCGAACUCUCACCUUCUGGAGGGAUGGGUUUAGCGUUGAAGAUGGCCCUCUUAUGCGUUAUGACGACCCAGCCAACCAAGAAGUCCUUCGUGCGAUCCAAAACGGGCGCGCGCCAUUGAGCUUGAUGAAUGUUGAGCCAGGCCAGCCGGCUGAUGUUAAUGUCUUUAGGCGUCUAGAGGAGGACUAUGUUCAGCCAAAGAAGAAGCAUGCGCCAUUUUCUGGGCAGGGAAACAGACUUGGUUCACCCACUCCUGGUGGGGAGUCCUCUACCUCUACAGCUGCGCCUAUAGUCACCCCUACUACGAGGACGGCUGCCCCAACCCCCAGCGUCAAUGUCGACACUUCUCUUCCGACAACUACCCUUCAGAUUCGUCUUGGCGAUGGAACAAGGUUGGUUAGCAGGUUCAACCACACACACACCGUUGGCGACUUGUACAGCUUCGUCAAUUCUUCAAGUCUUGAGAGCAGGAGCAGGAACUACAUUUUGCAGACCACCUUCCCUAAUAAGGAGCUUAGCAACCAGGAGCAGACUAUUAAGGAGGCGGGGCUGGUUAACGCGGUUGUCGUCCAGAAGUGGACUUAA